UAUAGUUUUAUUGCAUUUCCACUGAUCAUUCCAAGCAGCAACUUCCACACAAAGCUUCUGAUUUCACAAUAGACUUGAGUUACUCUCAAGCGCAUAUCAAAUGACUGCAGAACUAUUUACAGUGCCCUCCACAUUUCACAUUGGGUAACAUUUUGUACUGUCUUUCCCAUGUUUAAGAAUGGCGUUUGACCUGUGUUAAGUCAGGAAAUGGGUAUGACAAUGCUUGUGUGAAAAUACUCAUAUUUACUGUUGUAAUAUUAAUUAUGAAGGUCUAAUCAAAUGGAACUGCAAAAAGAAGGAUCCAUGUCUAUUUUGCCCCUACAGAGUACAGACAGUGGGGAGGAUUAAAAGAGGGAUAUAAAAAAAAUCACUAUUGGAAUGAUACAAGUAACCAUCUUUGGGUCACAAAGCAAACAUCAGAAGUUAGCUCUAGGCUAGCAGAUUAUUCAAAUGGCAUGCCAGGGAAAAGGCAUAGUAAACAAGUGGGGUGAUCUGAAGGGGAGAAUACAUAAGGGGUUGGAUUUUCCACCUUCCCUCAUUAUUGUCAAUGUGAAACUAAGAAGAAAUUCCCAAAUGUGACAUUUUUACUCAUCUUUACCAGGGGUGCAUAAAUGUGGAGACCGCUGUAACUAAAUUGUUCUGUAUUUUAAUUAUCCAUAGGCUAUAGCCUAGUGUUGAGUACAAAUCAUUCAUGUUACAUAUUUAUUUAUAAAUCCACACUUAUGCUGUUCAAACCCUAAUUGUUGUGUAGUUGGUUGAAACAUUUGUCCAGGGAGCCAUCUCAUGUUGUGUUUUCUAAACUUAGAAUUUGACCGAAAAAUAAAGUGGUGAAAUAGAGAUGAGUCCAGUUCUAUGAAAAUGUGUGUGCUGCUAUCUCAUUACCUUUGAGUAUUUAGUUUGGGAUCUGACUGUCACAUCAUCUUCAUCUUUUAAAGCACAAAUAAUCUAAUUUGAAGAAACAUUUGAGACAUAUUGGAGACGUCAGUAUUCAGUCAAUAGUUUAUUGAUGAAGAUAUGUGGAAACAUGAUGAACAGAUCAUUGACAUGGCAACAAUCAAAGUUUGUUCUGUCUUGUGUAGUUUGUGGCACAGCUCCUCUCAGCAGCAUACUCGGACAAACACCCAGGAUUGUUGGAGGACAAAAUGCCUCCUUGGGGAGCUGGCCCUGGCAGGUCAGCCUUACUGAGGAACCCUACGGUCACAUGUGUGGAGGCUCCCUCAUCAACAAGGAGUGGGUGCUGUCUGCUGCACACUGCUUCAGCAGCACCAGCACAAGUGGGUGGACUAUCCGUCUGGGUCGACAAUCCUUGGACGAUUCUAACUCAAACGAAGUGUCUAGAACCGUGGCUGAGAUCAUUCUACAUCCUAAUUAUGAUGCCACAAAUGAGAAUGACAUGGCUCUGCUCUGGUUGAGCAGUGCUGUCUCCUUCACCGACUACAUCAGACCUGUUUGUCUGGCGGCCAGCAGUAGCAUUUUCCACCAGGGAACAGACAGCUGGGUCACUGGCUGGGGAAACAUCAGAGAAGAAGAGUUUCUUCCGUACCCAGGGGUUCUUCAGGAAGUGGAAGUUCCUGUAGUUGACAACAAAGUGUGUGAUGAGCUUUUGAUAUUUACAAAAAUCACAGAAAACAUGAUAUGCGCUGGCCUUCGUGAAGGAGGGAAAGACUCCUGUCAGGGUGACUCAGGUGGUCCAAUGGUGAUGAAAGAGGACUCUGUGUGGGUCCAGUCCGGGGUGGUUAGCUUUGGGAUAGGUUGUGCUCAACCUGACCUACCUGGAGUCUACGCCAGGGUCUCCCGUUAUGAGGACUGGAUCAACUCCCACAUCAGCAGUGACCCACCAGGCUUCGUGCAGGUCAUCACCCCUACCCCACUGCUUCCUGUUCCCUCCAGCGGGACCAAAGUCACAUGCUCAUUCUGCCUCUACAUCCUUCUGUCUUUUCUCCUCCUCCCUCUCCGAUCAAAAAGGAUAUAUUUUCUACCACUUUUUUGUUAUGGAAUGGCUGUGAUGGCUGAAUACAUUUACAUUGUGGCUGCAAUUUUAUAUGUGCAAGGUCCAGCCUCUACAAUCGCACAGGAGGUUAAAAGCACUGAUGUUUGUGGCACAACUCCUCUUCUCAGCAGCAGGAUAGUUGGAGGACAGGACGCCUCCGUGGGGAGCUGGCCCUGGCAGGUCAGCCUUCAGAGACCCUACGGUCACGUGUGUGGAGGCUCCCUCAUCAACAAGGAGUGGGUGCUGUCUGCUGCGCACUGCUUCAGCAGCAAUGAUCCCUCGUACUGGACAGUGAAGUUGGGACAGCUCACCCAACAGGUCAAUAGUGCACAUGCAGUAUCCCGAGACGUGGCUGUGAUCAUUCUGCACCCCAACUGGGACAGAAACACGUUUAACCACAACAUGGCUCUGGUUAGACUUAGCAGUCCUGUCUCCUUCACCAGCUACAUCCGACCCGUGUGUUUGGCAGACAAUGACAGCAUAUUCCUCAAUGGGACAGACAGCUGGGUGAGCGGAUGGGGUUACAUCAAAGAGGGAGAGCCUUUACCCUCACCCAAAGCCCUACAGGAAGUGAAGCUUUCAGUGGUGGAAAAUUAUGUUUGCAGAAGUCUCCUGGGAUCUCAAGCUAAAGUAACUGAUGACAUGAUGUGUGCUGGCGCACUGGAGCAAGGGAAGGACACAUGUCUGGAAGACACUGGAGGUCCAAUGGUGAACUACCAGGACUCUCUAUGGAUUCAAUCUGGGGUGGUGAGUUUCGGGAAAGGCUGUGGCAGACCUGGGCUACCUGGAGUCUACGCCAGAGUAUCUGGUUAUGAAAAGUGGAUCACAAACUACACCAGAGGUGACCCACCAGGCUUCAUCCGGUUUAGGUCCACCAGCAACGUGACCACUCCUGCACCAGCAACUAGCUCACCAGCAACAUCUACAGAAGCUUCUGCCAACAAACCCUCCGCCUGGUUCUCGCACCAUGUUCUUUUCUUCACAUUCUUCACUAUAGCACUCAUAAAAGACUGAAAGGGGACGUCAGUCUUCCCGGACAGCAACAAAUCUACUGUACUGUAAAAUAAUUGCCCAGAAGGAUCAAAGACAAAGACUUGAAUGGGUCCUGAUUAUAAUGACUGUAAAGACAAACACAUUAUGGGCCAAUUUAAAGUAUGGGCAAAGUGCAAAGUCGUAAGUCUAACUCAAGUUAAGUCGGCUGAGAGCUUUCUUAUAGUAUAGAAUUGUUAUAGUUUAUGCAAGAGAACUUUGCUUGUCGACCCACUUUGCAUUUUGUCUGCCAUUUAAAUUAGGGCCUAGUAUCCAGCUGUGGUAAAGCUAAAGAGCUUUACAUUAAUGAAACUGUUUGUUCCUGUUAACUAAUAUUAGAUCAUACUACUCA